AUGGAGCCCAUUUGGUCCACUCAAGAUUUCAUACGUGAUGUUUACUUGUCUAUAUGCCGUGAUAAUGAGGAGCUUCCAUCAAGGGAGGGUUUGGAUUGGAUGACCAAAGUCUUUCGGUCCAGUAAAGGCAACGGUAUGUCAGUACGUUCCAUACGGAUUGGUCCUGCAGGUGCCAUCACUCUUAUGAAGCGUCUAGAAUCUGACCAAAUUACAUAUAUUGAUGCCUAUGACAAUAUGCUUAAAGAUACCGGCUUCAUGGCUUUGUUGAAGUUUUCAGAGCGGCACUCAACAUUUAAGCGCCUCUGUGUGGGCUGUAACAAUAUUGGUACGGAGGGCUGUAUGGCUCUGGCAGAGAUUUUGCAGGGAGGCACUGGCUUGGAAGCUAUAGAGCUUGGAAAGCCGACCGGAUACAUUUUUGCAGCUCCACGCAGACAAGGGUUCUCUUCUUCGGGAACUCUCCACAACAACUACGUUGAUUCGUCUUCUGCAGCUCGGAUUGCGAAAGCGCUGAUGUACAACAACACAUUGAAGUAUCUGGGCCUUAAUGGUAACUUUAUUGGUUUAGCUGGGAUUGAUGGGCCGGCUGGAUCCAGCACCGCUCGGCGUCGUUUCGGUGCAGCGUCUUUGGACAUAGAUGGACCGACAAGCAUAGGUGCGAUGCUCGCUGUUAACACAACACUCACCGCACUUGAUCUAUCUGCUAACCGACUUGGAAAUGCCGGUGUCACGGCAGUUCUGCGCGGCCUGGGGCGCAACGGGUCUCUUCUACGGCUCGACUUGUCGCGGAAUCAUAUGACGUUUAUCACAGCGCCGAUGGUAGCUUGCAUUAUUGCUAAUCCUAGAUGUGUUCUACAAGAAUUGUACUUGUCUGGAAACCCCUUGGGGUUGGAUGGGGCCAUGUCAAUUGCACAUGGGCUGUCUUGCUCUAGGUCUCUGACGACUCUCGCAAUGGAAAACUGCGCACUUGGUGAUGAUGGUGUGUCCAUUAUAUGUGGUGUACUAUCCAACCCACUCAUCGACGUCAGCCUUGAUAGGGACCACUUCAACGCCUUCCUUAAAAAAGUUAUUCACGAUGAACAAAAGCCUGAGGAACAAGACGUUCAGAUGGCUGAAUACGAUCAUAUGCAAGACUUUUUUGACAAAAUAAUCGAGGGUAAGCGCAAUGCCCCUAACAAGCUUGUUAUAAUAAGAGAUACUGCCGGCAAAAUAGUUACCAAGGUGGCCAUUCCUUCUAGGGACAGAGGGCAACCCACCAAAGAGCCUCAGGAAUUCGUCCGCUUUGCAGGCGCGAGUAACACUGAGGAUGUUAUCGAUAGUAUGGCAGACAGAACAAUGGAGCUGCUGGCCAGGGAUAGUGAGACACCCAUGGUUAACGACGCGCACACAGCUGACGAUGAUUCUCAUUUUGUCAAUAUAUCGGAGAAUAGUAUUAACGAAACGACAAAGCAACUGCCACUCUAUCAUGGCGAAUAUAACCCCGAAGAGGGGCAUGAGGUUAAUGAGGAUGCUCAAAGUUUGGACGAUUUGUACUCACAGAUGGAGCAACUGGCCGUCAACAUGGGAAUAGAUAGCACAUACAUACCGUAUGUAGAUCUUCAAAACCUUAAAUAUUCAAAUAUUACAUCUCUCAAUCUUUCGUCUAAUGGAAUCCGCGAGCAAGGGAUUGCCUACUUUUGCAAACUGGCCAGUACAAGACCACAGUUCAGACACAUAAACCUUUCGUACAACAAGCUCGAUAACCACGGAGCAACUCUCUUGGCCAGUGCCCUCCUUUGUGACCAGCUGGACAUGAACGAAGUGAUUUCGUAUUACACAGACUUCGAGCGCGCAAAGCUAUAUCGGCCUAAACCAAGGCUAUUGAACCCUGAACGCGUAAAUAAGAGCCUUCGAUCGCUCGACUUAGCCACUUGCCACAUUUCAGAUACGGGAUUUAUCGCCCUGGCAUUCGCUUGUUUGAAUUUGCCUAGCCUAGUAUGCUUGAACUUAAGAGAUAACUUUAUCGGGUCUAAGGGUGGCGACAUAGGCAUAGCGAUGCUUAUGGAAAACAAGAAUCUCACCACGGUGAUAAUGCGUGGCAACCAGGUUUCGCAUGCCAGCGCAUUGAAACUUUUAGAUAUUCUCAAACGAAAUCGACGUUCAGUGACAAUGAGUGUCCCAUCUAAGCUUAGGCAGCAGAUUGCAGAGCACAAGAUAGAAACGCAGCAAUUGAACAUCCUUCAGGAAGAGCUCGAUUUCAUGACUCAGACGGUGGCAGAGGCUGACAGCCAUAGACGCUCGAUUCAGGCUCUUACAGAGGAAAUGGUGGACGCGUUUAUCCGGCAAAAGGCCAGUCUAGAGCAGAAGAUAAGGCAAACAGAAGAUGCAUCACACAUUGCUGUGGAAUCUACCGAAGCACAGACAGAGCGGAUACCGUUAAUUACAGCCCAAAUACAGCAGCAAAUAACCAAUGCACAAGCCAAUUUGGCCGAAGAAGUGCUCGCCGUAUCCAAGGCUGACGAGGAAUACCAAAAUAUCAUGAAGCAAAUGACAGAGGCAGAAUUAACUCAUCAAGCAGAAAUAGAUGAUCUGGAAGCGAAGGCAGGUGAGCUCCAGCAAAAGAUUAAGCAGGUUGAAGAAAUUAAUAAGAAGGCAGAGAAGUUGGUUGAGCUCCUCAGAAACAGCUACAACCAGAUCAUCAACCGUGCUUAUCAAAGCAGACACCUAAACAGGACAACAGGGGCGAUGAACCCAGACAUAAUGGCCCAGGUGAUAGAGCGCAUGGCUCCUGUCGCCGCGGGGACAUAUACCAUUGCAAGACCCAUCGGCUAUGAUGUGACCGAGUCUUUGCUCACUCCUCCUGAAACGCCUCCUCGACCUACUAAGAGCACCAAAGGCAAGAAGGGCAAGAAGGGAGCCAAGGGCAAGAAAGGACGACCGAGUACCGGUGCUAAGUCCAACACGGCAAGCAGGCCAUCCACAACUCGUAAGCUCACCACUCCACCACAGACUGCCAUGCCCGGUAAAAGAAGGCCCCAGUAA